AUGCAACUUCUAACUUGCAAAUGGUUUCCAGUAAAUCAAGAACCAAGAGCUCUCAUUUUCUUUUGUCAUGGCUACGCAAUUGAUUGCAGCACAACCUUUAAAGAUGUUGCAUCUAAGUUUGCAAAAGAAGGAUUUGGUGUGUAUGGAAUUGAAUAUGAAGGACAUGGAAGAUCAGGUGGCCUCAAUGUCUACAUUGAUGACUUCGAUCUUCUUAUCAAUGAUGUUUAUUCACAUUUCUCCAAUAUAUCUGAAAUGGGAGAGAACUCAAAGAAGAAGAAGUUUUUGAUGGGAGAAUCCAUGGGAGGAGCCGUAGUACUUCUCUUGCACCGCAAGAAACCAGAUUCUUGGGAUGGAGCUAUCCUUAUUGCUCCAAUGUGUAAGGUGAACAGAUUCACACAUAUCAUUACUUCAUUAAUCAUUUCUUAUAAAUCAAGCAUCAUAAACAUAUCAAAUUACAAUUGUGAUGAGAGACAGAUUGCCGAAGAGAUGAAACCACCAAAAACAGUUAUAUCUAUGAUGAACUUGGUCAUAAAUCUGAUCCCAUCAUGGAAGUCGAUACUUCCAGGACCUGAUAUCAUCAAUCUCGCUAUUAAACAGCCUCAUAAGAGACAAGAGAUUAGAGAGAAUCCAAAUUGCUAUAUUGGGAGACCUCGUAUGAAGACGAUGAGCGAGCUUUUUAGAGUAAGCCUUGACCUAGAGAAUCGGUUGAACGAGGUUACAAUGCCAUUCAUAGUAUUGCAUGGAGAAGAUGAUAAAGUGACGGAUAAAGAAGCUAGCAAACUGCUUUAUGAGGUGGCUUCCUCCAAUGACAAGACACUGAAGUUGUAUCCUGAGAUGUGGCAUAGCCUUCUUUUCGGUGAACCUUUGGAGAAGUCAGAGAUUGUAUUUAAUGACAUUGUCCAAUGGAUGGAGACAAGAAUCAAUACUCUUCAAGUGAAUGCUAAUAACAACCAUGAAGCAAAAUCUCAAAUCUAA